UUGAGAAAGGGCUGAUGGGAAUAUCGUCACAUUUUCCUUAAAUUUUUUAAAUUCGGUCUCAGCACGGAAAGCGCGUUUUUGUUCAAUUUCAUUUUGUCUGGACAAAUACGCUGCGUGAUCUGUGCUGUUAUUUGUACUUCAGCAUGGCGGUGGUCAUCCGUUUACAGGGACUCAAAAUCACUGCAGGCUCUGAGGACAUUCGAAAUUUCUUCACCGGCCUGAAAAUCCCUGAUGGCGGGGUGCACAUUAUUGGUGGGCCGCUUGAGGAGGCUUUCAUCAUCUUUGCGUCCGAUGAGGACGCGAGACGGGCGAUGAGCCGUUCCGGAGGGUGCAUAAAAGGGUCCCCGGUAAACCUCCUGCUGAGCAGUAAGGCUGAAAUGCAGAACAUUCUGGAAGCAAACACGAAGAAACCUGAGGUGAACAAAAGGAGGAUGUACAACGAGGGGUUCAGACGAGCAGAUGCCCACCUGCCGUCUCCUACCUUUGCUGACAAUCUCUUGGCAGAAGCACGAAGAAUGGACCAUUUGGGAAUGGGUAGCACCUCCGGCUCAGCCGUUCAGAAGGAGAUGCACAUUCAUCAGACAAGGAAGACACUAGCUGCUGGAACUGAUGGCUUGUACCUGCAUUUGCAGGGAUUGCCCUUUUCUGUGUCAGUGGAAGAUGUGAGACUGUUUUUCCACGGGUUGCAGGUGGAGGACGUCAUCCUGAUGAAAAACCGCCGGGGCCAGAAUAAUGGGAGUGGUAUAGUAAAGUUUGCAACGCUGCAUGAUUCUCAUGAGGGCUUGAAGCGCGAUCGUGAGUACAUUGGUUCUCGGUUUGUGGAAGUAAACUCCUGCUCAGAGCAGCAGUGGAUAGAAGCAGGAGGACACACGGGACCGUACCUGGACAACAAUGUUGACUUUGUCAGAGAGCCUCUUCCAGCUUACGUGGAGAAGAGGUAUGCUCAAGAACGCACAAGAUCAAGAUCGCCGGUCCCAUACAGGUCUCGGUCUUCCUCCCCUUCGGGUGAUGAGUAUUGUGUACUCUUGGAAAACCUCUCCUACUCGGUAGAAAAGAGUGACAUAAAAGCCUUCUUCUAUCCCUUGGACCUGAAAGAUGACCAGAUUCUUCACCUGCAGGACAGGUAUGGCAAGAGGACAAGGGAGGCUUUUGUGCUGUUCAAGAGCCUUAGAGACUACUGUGCCGGCCUAGCCCGCCACAAAGACAGUUUUGCUAACCGAACAGUCUACGUUUCUCCGAUUUCAAAGGAAAAAAUGGUGGCAAUGUUGGAGUCCAUGGAGCAGAAGAUGGAGAAAUACCAUGAAAGGUCCAGCAGGUCACUGGAGAAGUCUCCAUAUUCUCAGAAACCACGGUAUGAAUCUGAAAGGAUCUGCAUCUAUGUCCGCAACCUGCCUUUUGACGUGCGCAAGGUGGAGAUCAUGGACUUCUUCCAAGGCUUUGCUAUAUCAGAAGAGACGGUCUACCUGCUGCGUGAUGAAAAGGGGGCCGGACUUGGUGAGGCUUUGGUGACAUUUCUCUCAGAGGCAGAGGCACUGAGGGCUGAGACUCUGAAUGGGCAGAGGUUCCUCGGUUCCGAAGUGAUGCUCAAAUGCAUCUCCAGGGCGCAGAUGCUAGAGUUUGGUGUAGUGGACCAUCCACAGCAGAGUCUGGAGGAACCUUCAAGGUCAAGGAGUCCAGAGGGCUACGCUUCCAGGCACGGGGAAGCGUCCCACUUUUCCCAUGAUGGAGAAUACUUGGACUUCAGGGUCCCUAAUGAUGUCCACAUGACCCUGAGGGACCCGCCGCUCCACUCUCAUGGAGACAAUGACAGGUUUGAGUCACACCAGGAAAGCCAUGACAUAUUUGGUGUCCGAGGGGAUGGACCUACACAGAGAGGACUUGAUAACCUUGCGCAACAGUUCGAUGGACCUGCUUGUCUGAAGCUGGUUAAUUUGCCGUUGAAAAUCACUAUUGAUGAGAUCUAUGACUUCUGCUAUGGGUACCGGGUGAUUCCAGGAUCCGUCUCUUUGCAGUAUAACAGGAAUGGAGUUCCCAAAGGAUCUGCAACUGUGGUCUUUGAAUCUCGGCAGGAGGCACUGACAGCAAUUCAGGAACUGAGUGGAAGACCAAUUGGGACCAAAAAAAUAAAAUUACUUUUCAUUUGAAUCCUUUGCAUUUGGUUUGCAAAGGUUUAUUUUUUCUUUAACUGCUAAAAAACUAAGCUUUGGAAAAAGUGCCCUCCAAGUUGCAGCCUUUUUUGGUUGGUUGAAAAAAUAUUCUACAGAUUGGGUUAGCUGUAUUGUUCUGAAAUGAGAGACAGCGUAAAAAUUUGUCUGCUGUGAUUAGAUGUGGUUUUGAAUGUUCACAAAAAUGUGCCAAGCCGGGGAGAGCAGAACCAGUGGUCUGCAUAAUUAAAAAAAAAAUUACUUGCGUUACAAUUAAGCACAAGCCUCAUUCCCAGUGUUUUCACUCUGAUUAUAAAUGUGAAACAAUUCAACAAUAUGAUAUUUUGAUAAUGUAAUAUUACACACAAGUACUCUGUCAAACAGUUUUAUGGUUAACUGAGAAUAUGUAGCAUGUUUGUUUAA